UCAUUCAUUUCAUUGUUUAGUUUUCUCUUUCUAGAUUCUCUCUUUCUUUUCGAAGAGAGAGGGUGAGGUCAAUCCUAUUCCUAUCGUCGCAUUCUUUCUGGAUCUCCUCUGCAAUUAGAUCAGUUUUUUAUCUCUUUAAUUUUAUUAGUAUUAAUGUGUAUGUGUGUGUGUGUUUUUUUUUUUGAAUUUAGGGUUGGGGGUUUUACUUUUUAUUUAUUACAAGUUUGAUGAUCUAGGGUUGGGUGAGUUCAAAAUCGUGAAUAGGUGAAUAAAAGCAAGGGUAAAAAAAGGGAUUGAUGGUGCUCGUUUUAGGGCAAAAUGCAAGGGUAUCAUGCGUAUGCGUAUGCAUGGAUGGCGAGCUGGUGAAGAGGAAGACCACCAGAGGAAACGGCACAUGUGGACUGUCCCUCCACGUGGCUCUCCGAUUUUAGAUGCACUUGCUCAUGGUGCUGCCACUGCUUCUUAUUCUCCCAAUUCAACUACUUUCUUCUCCAAGGAUGGACGCAAAAUUAGUGUUGGUGAUUGUGCACUUUUCCUGCCUCCCAAGGAUUCUCCUCCCUUCAUUGGAAUAAUUCGUUCAGUGACUGUUGGUAAAGAGAAUAAGUUAACAUUGAGUGUAAAUUGGCUUUAUCGACCAGCUGAAGUAAAACUUGGCAAACGCUUCCCAUUGGAGGCUGCGCCAAACGAAAUUUUCUAUUCCUUCCAUAAGGAUGAGAUUCCUGCUGCUUCCUUAUUGCAUCCGUGUAAAGUCGCAUUCCUUCCAAAAGGUGUUGAACUUCCAUCAGGAAUUGUCUCUUUUGUGUGCCGCAAAGUAUAUGAUAUUACCAAACAGUGUUUAUGGUGGUUAACUGAUAAAGACUAUAUGACUGACCGACAGGAAGAAAUAGAUCAAUUAUUGCAUAAGACUCGUGUAGAAAUGCAUGCAACUGUGCCCCCAGGUGGCCGUUCCCCAAAGCCAAUGAAUGGCCCAACUUCUACUUCACAAUCAAAACAUGGUUCGGAUAGUGUGCAAAACAGUGCUUCCUCCUAUCCAUCACAAAUAAAAGGGAAGAAAAGGGAAAGGGGUGAUCAGGUCUCUGAGCCUGUUAAGCGAGAACGUUCUUCAAGAAUGGAGGAUGGGGAUUCUGGUCAUAAUAGAACGGAUAGUUUAAAAUCUGAGAUUGCUAAAUUUACAGAUAAGGGGGGACUUGUAGACUAUGAUGGGGUAGAGAAAUUGGUGCAGCUCAUGAUACCUGAGAAAAAAAUAGAUUUGGUUUGCCGGUCAAUGCUUGCUGGUGUGGUGGCUGCAACAGACAACAAUGAUUGCCUUAAUUGGUUUGUGCAGCUUAAGGGUUUACCUGUGUAUGAUGAAUGGCUCCAAGAGGUCCACAAAGGAAAGAUUGGUGAUGGUAGCAGCCCCAAGGACAGUGAUAAAUCAGUUGAGGAGUUUCUAAUAACUUUACUUCGUGCACUUGAUAAGCUGCCUAUAAAUCUUCAUGCACUGCAAAUGUGUAACAUUGGAAAGUCUGUGAAUCAUUUGCGUACACACAAGAAUUUGGAAAUUCAAAAGAAGGCAAGGAGUUUAGUUGACACCUGGAAGAAACGUGUUGAGGCUGAAAUGGAUGCGAAACCAAAUCAGGCUGUCUCCUGGCCAGCUAGACCCAGGCUUCCAGAAGCUACUCCUGGUGGGAACAGACAGUCAGGUGGAUUCUCUGAGGUUUCUGUAAAGAGCUUGGUGAUGCAGCCUACUGCUUCUAAAACUUCUUCAGUCAAGCUUGUGCCAGGGGAGACCGCUAUGAAGUCAGCAUUUGCAUCUCAAGUGUCUGUGAAAUCAACAACAUCACCUACAUCUGUGGGCUCAAACCUAAAAGAUGGACAGUCUCGCAAUUCUGCUAGUGGUGGUGCAACUGACCUACCUUCAACUCCGGCAAAGGAUGAGAAAAGCAGCAGUGCUGGUCAGUCCCACAACAAUACUCACUCUUGUUCCAUUGAUCAUACCAAAACUGGGGGAUGCUCUGGGAAAGAGGAUGUUAGGAGCUCUACUGCUGCUUCAGUGACCACAAACAAGGCCUCUGGUUCUUCACGGUCUCGAAAAUCUGUUAAUGGUUUCCCUUGUUCAAAUCUUUCAGGGGUUCAAAGAGAAACUGGAUCAAACAGAACUUCUCAGCACAGGAAUCAAGCUUCAGAAAGACCAUAUCAUUCGAGUUUAAUAAGUGACAAAGCAAUAGAUAUAUCUGCUGUUGAGGGGAGUAAUCACAAGCUAAUAGUUAAGAUCCCAAAUCGAGGUCGCAGUCCAGCCCAAAGUGCCAGUGCAGGAUCUCUUGAAGAUCCUCUGGUCACAAACAGCAUAGCAUCCUCUCCCAUUCUCUCAGAGAAGCAGGAUCAGUUUGAUCGUAACCUCAAGGAAAAAAAUGACACACUUCUUGGAGUUGACGAGGGAGAUGGGGCACCAUCUGUUGCUCCUGAAUCAUCAGGCUGUCAGACUGAUGAUGAUACAAAGGCAUUUACUGAAAUUUCGAAAGAUGCUUCUUUAUCAUCAGGAAAUGAACAUAAAAAUACAAAGCGGCAACAAAUUCCUUUCAGUGCUUUGGUCAAGUAUUCUGCAGUAGCUGCAUCUGUGCCAGUUGGGGAUGAUAUCGGAAUGAAUCUGCUUGCAAGUGUGGCUGCUGGGGAGAUGUGCAAAUCUGACAUAGUUUCACCAGAUGUCUCUCCACGAAGAAACACUCCUGUCCAUGAGCAACUCUGUGAUGACAAAGAUUCAAGAGUAAAAUCAUCUCUGGGAGUCAAUCUUUCUCCAGAACAGAGUCAGUCUAUUGAUGGUGCCGACGAUGAACAUGGGAAGCAGGUUGAUCGUACUUUGCCAGCCAAGAAUACAGAUACUAAUCUGGAGAAAUCUGCAAGAGAUCUAACUGGACAGAUAAAUAUUUCCCCAGUGGAUUUGCCGCAGACUAGAAAUGCAUUUCAGGAGAGAUCUGAGAAUUUGAAACAAGAUAUAAAUGAGGAGAUCUCAGAUGCUACAGCCAAAUAUCUUGAGGGAAAGGCUGGUAGUAGAGUGGAUACAGAUGGCAGUCCAGGUGCUAAACAAAAGAUCAGUAGCUCUUUACUAACUGUGGAUAGGGUCUCUGAACCUGUUGUAAAAGUUGAGACUGAAGCCCUUGAAGGAUCACAAUCAUAUCGAUCUUCGGAAAUUGAUGGUGAGACUAAGAAAAAUGUGAAUGAUGGAUUUAAUAACGACAUACAGACAGAACAGAAACUUUCUACUGUGGUAAAACAGUUUGACUUUGUCAAAGGAACAGAUGCGAAAAUGCUGCAUACGUCUGGUCCUGGUAAAGAUAUGGCUUCUGAAAAUGUUGAUGAAGUGAAAGCUGACAAUGCUGAUGAAGUUGAUGUAACCAGUCAUCUUAGUGAUGGUGAAAAGCAGAAGACUGAAUGGAGAACUAAAGUUCCUUUGACUCAUUCGGAUCAGAACGAACCGAAUUCGGGCUUAGAUGUCUCUGAUCACAAGUGUGAGCACAUUGAGGAAACAGUAGAAAGUAAUGAGGGCAAAAAGCAUCAUUGUGCUGGUCCAGCUUCUCCAGAGGUACCCCCUGCAUUGCAAGUGCAAGAAACAGGACAGCACGGGAGGCUGGGAGUUCCUAAGUUGACUGGGGAUGAGGUAGAUGAAGCAGAGGUCUCUUCAUCGACCACUGCCGAUGUGUCUUUCUCCACUGGAGGUGUGACUGAUAUGGAAGCAAAAGUUGAAUUUGAUCUAAAUGAAAAUUUUAGUGGAGAUGAUGGAAAAUAUGGAGAGUUGAAUCACCUGACAGCCCCAGAUUGUUCAGGUACUGCUCAACAAUUGAUUAGCCCUUUGCCAUUCCCAGUUUCUUCCGUCUCUAGUAGCCUUCUGGCAUCCAUUACAGUAGCUGCUGCUGCAAAAGGGCCUUUUGUUCCACCAGAAGACCUCCUGAGAAGUAAAGGGGCACUUGGUUGGAAGGGGUCUGCAGCAACAAGUGCAUUUCGACCGGCUGAACCUAGAAAGGCUCUGGAGAUUCCAUUGGGUGAAACUAACAUAUCUCUUUCCAAUGCUACACCUGGAAGACAUAGUCGCCCUCCUUUGGAUAUUGACUUAAAUGUACCAGAUGAGAGAAUAUUUGAGGAUUUGGUUUCUCGGGGCUCUACUCAAGAUACAUUUUGUGUAUCUGGCCUUACAAAUAAUCGUGAUGUGUCACAUGAACGGAUAGGUUCCACACCUGCUCGGUGCUCUGGUGGUCUUGACCUAGAUUUGAAUAGAGUUGAGGAGCUUACUGAUGGUAAUAUCUCAACAAGCAAUGGUCAUAAAGCAGAUAUUCCAGUUCAGCCUGUCACAUCAUCAUCGGGUGGUCUUUUCAAUGGUGAAGUGAGUGUUCGUAGAGACUUUGAUUUGAAUGAUGGACCUGUAGUUGAUGAGAUGAGUACAGAUCCAGCAUUGUUCAAUCAGAACACUAGAAGCAUACCACCCCAGCCACCGGUUUCUGUUCUCCGGAUGAACACGGCUGAUACAGGAAACCUUGCAUCAUGGUAUCCCAGAGGGAACACGUAUUCAACUGUCACAGUUCCAUCAUUGCCUGAUAGAGAGCAGCAGCCUUUUUCAAUUGUUGCACCGGGUGCGCACCAAAGGAUGUUGACCCCCCCUUCUGUUGGCACCUCAUUUGUUCCUGAUGUUUUCAGGGGGCCAGUUUUGUCAUCUUCUCCUGCCGUUCCCUUUCCAUCUACUCACUUCCAAUAUUCCAUCUUCCCUUUUGGAACCACCUUUCCACUUCCAUCAGCCACUUUCUCUGGUGGUUCAACAGCCUAUGUGGAUUCAUCAUCUGGUGGGAGGCUAUGCUUCCCUGCAAUGAAUUCACAAAUAUUGGGACCAACACCUGCAGUCCCAUCUCAUUACCCAAGGCCGUACGUAGUUAGCCUCCCUGAUGGUAGCAACAAUUCUAAUGCCGAGAGUGGUUGGAAAUGGGGAAGACAGGCUCUAGACUUAAAUGCAGGACCUGGAGUCCCAGAUAUAGAAGGUAGAGAUGAGACAUUACCUCUUGUGCCAAGGCAACUAUCUGUUGCUAGUUCACAGGCCCUGGCGGAGGAGCAAGCAAGAAUAUAUAUGCCUGGUGGCAUUCUGAAGAGGAAGGAACCUGAAGGAUGGGAUGGCUACAAGCGACCUUCAUGGCAAUAUUAAUUUCAUAUUUCACCAUUUGCUGACCCAUGAAAUCUUUUCUUCAGGGAUGGGCAGUGGCUAACCUGCAGAGGUCGUCUAACAUGUGCUCAUGGAGGUUGGGUGGUAAGUGAGUUAUUUGAUGUUGUCCAUAGCCUCCGACCCCCAUCCUUCUGCUGUAUCAACUUUAUCAUAAAGAUCUGUUGGGUUUCUGAGCUGUGUGUUGGUUGAAUUUGUUCUGGGUGGUGCAGAUCAGUUUCUCCUUUGUAGAUAUUAACUAUUGGAAAUCAUGCACUGUGCUGCCCACACAUUCAAAAUUGGUGCCCGUAGUGGCGUUUAAGCAUCAAGAAAAUAUACUUUUGAACCCAGAACCAUCCCUCUUCCAAUCCUUAUUAUGGGGGUCGAAUUGAUCUGCUUUAUGCUGAAAGUCCUUUUGUAUGUACUUUGAUGUUAAUUUAUCUUUCUUUGCUUCCUUCUCAAUCCAUUUUCUUUUAGUUGCAUAUAUAUAAGCAGAGUGGAUGCUGAAUUUUGAUACUAGGAGCUUUCUUGAUCUGGCAUGUUUUAGUUGCUGUGGUUGAUCUUGUAUUCUUAUGUUAGUCUAUUUUAUUUAUUAACCCUCAUUGUAGUUCA